GAGAGCGAGGGGUCGCUAUCGUUCCAAACGAAGACGGAACGUUCGUUUCCUCGGGUUUUUGUUGUAGGAGGGGAAAGAAAACAACGGCGUCCCUCCUUCCGGGACUGGCGCGCGUGCGAGCCGAUUGGCCGGCCGCGCAACCAAUCCGCGCUCUUCUUCCUCUUUCUGCAGGCUGGGCCACGCCCACCCGCUGCCUGGUUUCGCGUGUCUUGGUCGCCUCGGGAAGGACUCGCGGUUUAAUUUGGGGGUUUUUUGCACGUGGGAACGCGGGGCUGGGACGCGGGUUCCCCGAGAGAUGCGUCUCCUUCGCGUCUGGAAGAAGAUCUGGGCGAGGCGGGGCGGCCCCCGCCGAGAAUACACGGCAGCAUAUCUUCCCUCCCAAGUUGCAGAGCGCCUGGCAUUAUACCAGAGGCUGAAGGCUGCUGCAGAUGAGCGCCAAGCGGAGCAAACCCUCCGGGAGAAGCGUCCAAUCUUGGUUUCCUUGCCAGAUGGUCGAAGCAUCGAGUGCGAAUCCUGGACUGUCACCCCUUAUCAGCUGGCCUUGCAGAUCAGCCAGAAUCUGGCCAAGACCGUGGUGACGGCACGAGUGAACGGAAGCCUUUAUGACUUGGAUCGUCCUCUGGAGGGUGAUGCCACUGUGGAAUUUGUGGGGUUUGAUUCUCAGGCCGGACAACAGCUCUUCUGGCAUUCCAGCGCCCACCUCCUGGGCGAGGCUGCCGAGCGCUUCUAUGGUGCCCUGUUGUGCCACGGGCCCAGCACUGACCAGGGCUUCUUCUAUGACCUGUAUUUGGAUGAGGGACGGAAGGUGUCUGGUAGAGACCUCCCCGCCCUGGAGGAGCUCUGCAAAGCGACCGUCGCAGCCAAGGCCCCUUUUGAACGGCUGGAGGUUUCCCGAGAGGAUCUGCUGGAGCUCUUCAAGCACAACCGAUUCAAACUCGAUAUCAUCGGACGGCGCGUGAAGUCUCGGACUGCCACCGUCUACAGAUGCGGGACGUUAGUUGACCUCUGCCAGGGGCCCCACCUGCGGCACAGUGGGGAGAUCCAAGCACUGAAACUCCUCAAGAACUCGGCCGCCUCCUGGCAAGGAGACCCCUCCGGGGACUCCCUGCAACGCAUUUAUGGCAUCGCCUUCCCCAGCGCCCAGCAGUUGGCCGCCUGGGACCGUGCCCAGGAAGAGGCUGCCCAGCGGGACCACCGGCGUAUCGGAAAGGACCAGGAACUCUUCUUCUUCCAUCCGUUGAGUCCCGGUAGCUGCUUCUUCCUUCCCAAAGGGACCCACAUCUACACAACCCUCAUGGACUUCAUCAAGAGCGAGUACCUUAAGCGUGGCUUCUCCGAAGUCAUCACCCCCAACAUUUUCAACGCGAAACUCUGGGAAAUCUCCGGUCACUGGGAACAUUAUGGGGAGAACAUGUUCACCUUCCCCGUGGAAGACCAGACUUUCGCCCUCAAGCCCAUGAAUUGUCCCGGCCACUGCCUCAUGUUCAGCCACCGGCCCCGAUCCUGGCGGGAGCUGCCCUUGCGGCUGGCCGACUUCGGGGUGCUCCAUCGCAACGAGUCCUCGGGGGGCCUGACGGGGCUGACGCGGGUCCGGCGCUUCCAGCAGGACGAUGCCCACAUCUUCUGCUCCAUGGAUCAGCUGGAGGGCGAGAUCAGAGGCUGCCUCGAUUUCCUGCAGGCUGUUUACUCCGUCUUCGGGUUCACUUUCCGCUUCUUCCUCUCCACCCGCCCCCAACACUUUCUCGGGGACCCCCCUCUCUGGGAUCAGGCGGAGCAGCUGUUGGAGAAGAGCCUCCGGGAAUUUGGCCAGCCAUGGGAACUCAACCCUGGGGACGGCGCCUUCUAUGGGCCCAAGGUGGACAUUCAGAUCCAGGACGCCCUGGGGCGAUACCACCAGUGUGCCACCAUUCAGCUGGACUUCCAGAUGCCACUUCGCUUUGACCUCUCCUACAAGGGCCGAGAGGACGGGGCCCCCGAGAGGCCGGUCAUGAUCCACCGGGCAGUGCUUGGCUCUGUGGAGAGGAUGCUGGCUGUCUUGGCCGAGAAUUACGGGGGCAAGUGGCCCUUCUGGCUCUCCCCCUCCCAAAUCAUGGUGAUUCCAGUGGGCCCAGACGCAGAGGAGUACGCUGCCGAGGUCCACCGGCUUUUCCACCAGGCGGGAUUCCAGACAGACCUGGAUGCUGAUUCGGGAGUGACCCUCAACCGCAAAAUCCGAAGAGCCCAGCUGGCCCAGUACAACUUCCAGUUUGUGGUCGGCCGGAAGGAGGUGACCCACCGCACCGUGAACGUCCGCAGCCGGGACAACCACCGUCAUGGCGAACGGGAUUUGCACGAGGUGCAGCACCGGCUCCGAGAACUGCAGGAGACGCGGGUCAGAAACGCGGAGGAGGUCUUUUGAGCCAAAGGCUGGGUUCCUGCAGGGUUGGCAUGGUUCACGUGCCCAGGAGGGGGACUCUGAGGCUCCGUGCCUCAUUCCAAGGACCUAGUCCUCACUGAGGAGCGUCAAGGCUGAGAAGCAGCCGCCCGAGGGCUCAGGAUCUCCCGCUGUCGGGUGCCCGUCUCCCUCCUUGCUGAGUGUUCUGGAGAUGCCACCCUUCCUUCCUUGGGGGGGCAGCACAGCUUCCUGGAGCGCCUGGCAUUACCUGCAGGAGGCCCAACUGGGACUCUGGGCCCUCCCCACCUGCCUGCCUGCCUGGUUCAACGCCCUUCCCCGGAGGCAGGCAUAGCUGUAUUUGGGGGAGGGGGUGCAAAAACCUUUCCUGACCAAGGAAGGUCAACUUACAAGUUAGCUCUGGAUCCCCUGGCCAACCCUCCCUCCCUCCCUCCUGGGGAUGUUUUGAUGCCCCUACUGAUAAGGGCUGACCCCCAGAUGUCCAAGGAGUGACACAGAGGAAGCUCUGUGGGGGGGUCCUUCCCCCAGCUGACUCAGAAGCUGUUUCACCCACCCCGCACUUAAGAGCGGGAAACUCUUCCAUAACGCAAAGGAGAAAAGCUGGGAGGGGCAAUUUUAGCUUCGUUGUGACCUUCCCUUUCUCGCAAGGAUUCCUCCCGUCUCAGGAAAAUGUGUGGCACACCUGUGAAUGCGCUCUGUGAAACUGAACCUCCAUGUUCUGGGGCAGUCUACCUCCGUGUACGGGAAAGGCUCUGGUUUCCGGAACAGGACGUGCUGGCCAGACGGGCUUCCCGGAGCCGGCCUUGGUGACGGCUCCCAAAAACAGUUUGGCCCCCAGAGGUGACUCUGACUCAGUCGUGCUCGGACCAGGUGUGGCUCUUCUCUUCGGAGGUUCAAAACAGCUCCCAGGCCUGAGCGGAGACCGGCAGCCGCUGCACUGGGAGUGCUGGGGGGGGGGUUGCAGCCCCUUCCUCAGGGCUCCCUAACCCUCAGUGGGGCAAAGCAGUUCCGAAAAACCUCGCCAAAGCAUCGUUUCACCUGCAGCAGAAUGAAAUAAACCCUCUUCCAUCUA